UAUAAAUACGCGCUGGACCAUGAGCCACAGCCGUUAGUAUCAAGAAUUUAAACAAUCAACAGCCUAACAGUUUACAGGCAACCAAACACAGUCGAAACAGGAUCUCUGCCUCUUUUCCAUCCUGUCAUGGGGUCUUCGUUUAGCACAGAAGCAGGAACUCUGCACACAGCCGUGUCUGAAGGGAACAUACCGCAAGUGCGUCACUUCUGUUCAAAAGCCAGCAGCAGUGCGGUCAAUCGUAAAUUCAACGGAGAAACACCCCUAACACUGUCGCUGCGGGACACGGCUGAUAUAGGCAUUCUUCAUGAACUGCUGCAGUGUCCACGCCUGGAUGUCAACAAAGCGGCUACACCCAAGCGAAAUACUCCGCUGAUGACUGCCGUGCUUCUGGCAAGCCAUCCCGGCGCAAACGCCAGCAAGCUGCAGAAAGCGGAACUUAUAGCGGCACAUCCCCGAUGCCGCUUGGGUCUGCGGAACGCCGAUAACUGGACAGCACUGGAAAUAGCGGUACGCACCGAAAACUCCGCCAUCAUUGGGUGCCUGCUACGCAGCGAUCGGAUUAAACAGUAUCCAGUGGAGGAUGUCGCCAAAGUAUGCGCAUUGGCCGUAAAGAGCGAAAAUGCGGAUUUGGUGGGAGCAAUUGUAGACAGUGUUCCCGAAGAGGUCCAGAAGGUACUUCUCGCGGCUGCAAAAGAGGUCCUCAAUAACAACAUGAAACCGAGCGACCCAAGCGAACCAGUACAGCCACUGGAAGAGGUACCUGCACUGCAUUCCGCCAUUUUGAGAGAAGACAUUGCCGGCGUUCAAGCCAUCCUUCAACAAGCAUCAGCCUAUGUUAACCAUAAAGUAGCCGGCUUGACGCCCUUGAUGCUGGCCGCAUGUGGACGCAGUCCACCCAUUGUUCAGCUUCUCGUGGACACUCCGUCCAUCGACAUCAACAUGACAUCUACCGGUUUCAAAAAGAUGCCAGCGCUAAUGAUGUGUGCUUUUGCGGGUGGCAGUGCAGACGAAGAAGAUCGUGUGACGAUGAUUAGCGCCAUUCUGGCUCAUCCACAGUGUGAUCCGACGCUGAAGGAUGAAGACGGAGUCAACGCUCUCGGGAUGGCGGCUAUGUUUGGGAAUGAGAAAGUGGCCGACUGUUUAACAGCGGACCGACGCAUUGACCAGUAUGCGCUGGAUGAUGUUUGGCAGUGCGUAAGGUUUGCGAUUAGCGGGGAUCAUGACGACUUGGCGAUUAGUCUGUGUAAUGCCGUGCGGAAUAAUCGCACAGCAGUGCUGGCUUCUCGGUUGGACCGCUUGAAAAAUGGUAAUGCAACUGAAGCACUGAAGACGGCCAUGCUGCUGAAAUCUCACCUGGUCAACUGGAAACUGUUGAAUCGCACCAUCAAUUUAUCGCUUCGCCUGGGCCGACCGGUUGUCGGCAGCCAUGUCGGAAUCAAGCACGACGAGGCACUGGUGCGCAUGAAGCAGGCAGAGCACAAGCUGAAUUUUAUAGCGGAACUGUGUGGCCAUUUUGGGGUUGUCGAGAUGAUUACGUCCAACGGUGACGUGGAAGUGAAACUCUAUGGGCCCCCAAUACCGGCGCUGCGGAUUGUGCUGUGUCAUCCGGAAGCCCUAACAGUUCUUUCGCGAGAUGGAUACGUCGGUCGAGACGCCGAAGGCCAAGUGAUUAAGGAUAAAGAUAUUGUGCGCGUAGAAGCGAAUCUCGACAUCGUCCGUGAGCUGCAAAAGAAUCAUGGCGGUCUAGAUGAUGAACAUUUGGCUGCGCUGGGAAAAUUGGGGGAAAUUCUAUUUUUUGAUCAAGAUGGUGGUGCCGUAGUCAGUGUCGGCAAGGAUGUCAACUGUUUCAAUAUGAAAGCAUUGCGAAGGAUCGACAAAGUGCUGUGCGGCGACGGUUCCUCCAUCCAGAGUGGCGAUAAUGUGCGCGUAAUCCUUACUGAAGACGCAUUUCAGUCGGUGCAAACCGAAGAAUUCGGAGGCUGGUCACCGCAACUGACUGACCUGAUCGGGGCCACGCUGUCGCUGAACAGGCUGCACACAUCUCCAUCGGACAAUCCCCAGAUUGUGUUGGAAGUGGAGUACAAUGGAGAUCGAAUUUUUCUUAACCCCGGAGCAGUCGGUUCGUGUGACUCUGCCCAUUUGGUUUUGCCCAGCAAUAACACAGUGACACCGGCAACAACCGUGCAAAGUGCGGACCGGCGUGCGAGUCCGCAGCGCCUUUCCCCUUCAGGACUGGACGCACUACAACGGAAUGCACUGGAACUGGCCCUUCUCCAGUAACUAGAUCUGAGCGACUGAGCGACUUAACUACGAGAACAAGCAUAUAUGGACUCCACGUCCAGGCUACGAGUUCUUUGGAUUUAUUUUGCUACGUGUUCUUUGGCCUUAGUUUGAGAAUUCAGGCUUCGUUAUCGGGUAUCAAGAUCCGGUGUUUUCCUGUUCGGAUGAGUGCAUGCUGUGCAUCCAUAACUGCUUUGGUGACCUCGUAUUCUUUUCCAACCUGCAGAGCUAGAAGCUUCCUGAAAAUUCGAAGUGGUAUUGUAAAAUUAAUAAGGAAUUCAAAUUGUGAGGCUCUAGCAUCAUCCUUUUGAUAUGUAUAGUUACUGUUUGCAAUUAACUUGUCGUUGUAAGACAUAUCGGCCAAAUGUGACACUAAGACAUCAUAAUCCCAUUUGAAAUAA